UUUGUACUGAGAGGAUGGGCUCAACAUGCCAGUGCUUAGUUGGCAAACGUGUUUUUAAUUUUCCGUAGAGCUGUCAGAUGGAUUUGAGAUCACGUUUGCUUUACGGCUGCCUCAUGAUGGUGAGUCUGCUCGGUGCAGUGCGCUACUCCACCAGCGAGCAAAAUGAAUGCCUGUGCUCAGAAAUCCCCCAUUUGCUUUGGACUGAGCCUCCCAACUGCCACCAGAUAAACAAAACUUUCCGUUACACCUGCGUCAAAGGUUACGUGAGGAAAGCAGGGACAUCAAACCUCAUCAAAUGCCAACCUGAGUCCCAAUGGUCCAAGCCAUACCUCACAUGCAUACUUGACCCCAGGGGCGCACCACAAGCAUCUAACAGCACAGAAGCAGAUGCUGCGAUGGCUAGCGUUGUACAUGGCAACGGCACAUAUUCUCAUUCGGAAGCCGAAAUAGAACUUGGCCACAGCACAGUCAUAAUCAUCAGCUGCAUUUCAGUAGUCAUCAUUGUUCUAAUCGGGAUCACCCUGUUUGUUUACAAAAGGAGAAGGGAGGAAAGCAACAAUCCAUUGCAGACGGCAGCAGAGGUGAUUCCCCUCAAAGAAGUUCCGUCAUAGUCUGGACAAGUGAAUGCAAAGUACGAUGUAUUUGCGUCCCACAGGAUUGGAGGUGCGUGCUGUGUCCCUCUUAAGGACAGUGUAAAAAUGGCAUUUUUCACAUUUGCAAGCGCACUGUCUGAUGGUAUUGUGCUGUGUCUGACCAGUGGCUUCCAAAACCGGUGUCUAAAGCUCUCAAGGAGUGGCUCACUCCGUUCAGGAUGCAUGGGCCUACUCGUGUCUAAGAGCAAUGCAUCCCUGUUUCAAGAUGACACUUUCUUUGCACUCCUAGUUGUCUUUUUUAUGAACAUCUGUAACACAUUUUGAAGAGCUGAAUUCCCAGCACAGCAACUACAAGCACUUAUCAGGGUAGCAUUUUGUUUUCUCUUUCUAAAUGUUCUCUGAAAUCUGUUCAAAGUGAUGUAUGAUCGUGUUCAACGUGUCGUCUUUGCACUGUACGUUCAACCUGAACUCCAUUGAUAUAGUGGCUAGAAUAACAUUCUCUCUCAAACAUGGUCACUUUAUGCUCAUUUUGGAGUAACCUUUCCAACGUAGUGAAUUGUUUCUUUUUUGCCAAACGAUUACAGAUAUAUGUUGUGUUCCCAGGCACAUUCAUAUUUUUAUACAGCUGAUGUUUAUAACAUUUUGUCUUAUCCUAAAUGAGACGCAAAAUCUUCAAAAUGCCUCUCAAUAUGAUUGUAGUUUGUUGUUUCAUACUACUGCAUAUCAUAAUAAAUAUGCUAACGUAA